GAUCGACUUGUUCUCAUUUUGCCGCAAAAUUGGGUGACACUUGUAAGGGUGUCGUUCCUCCUGCUGCGGCUGAGGGGGGCACUUUCAAUUAUGUCUAUGUUGGUUUAUGUUCACCUUGAUAUGCCCCCUUACGCGUGAGCUCUUUUCACAGUUAUCCCCCCAAGCGACGUCGCCAAAGGGGGAAAAUUCCCGCCCGUCCCAUUUCACCAAAUUGAGAGAAAAUGGCAGUCUCCAAGAAAGCGGUGCAUAUGUAGACAUUGGUCGGGAAGGGCGUCCAUGGCGAACGGGUGACACUUGAGGGGGUAUACGCCACGCAGGAGGGGAACAAAAAAAAACAAAAUAAGAAAGUAAAAAAAUAAGAAAAUAAGAAAAUAAAUAGUAAGGCAAAUCAAAGCAGGACCAAGCUGCGCCCUUCAAAAGAGCACAAACAGCGAACGCGUUAUGUUACCCCUUUCCUUUGCCAUCACCAAAGAACAAUAAGUUGACGCAGGUCAAAAAAAAAAAAAAAAAACAGCGCAACGUAUUUCCUGCCAUUCUUCUGUUUCGUUUUUGUCUAAUGCGUACAAUUUCGCCUUUUAAAAAUAUUUUCUGAAAAUAAAUUUUGGAAAAUGCACGGAACAGUUGCACAUUUGCUUUGUUGUUCUUUUUUUUCAUUUCACAAAAGAUUAUCAUUUGCGUCUGUUUGGGAAUUUUUUUUUCCAACCAGUCAAGCCAUUUGCAUACAGAGGAGGCAAAAAAAAAAAAAAAUGACAAAACGGUAAAGCGGUGAAGCGGCAAAGCGACGAAGCGGCGAAACAGCAAAACAGCACAAUAAAUAUUGUACGAUCAUGCUUAGUGUACUUAAACACACAAGUGCAGCGCAAACGUGAUGACGCGAAAGGGGCGACUGUAAUGAGUAUGCCGCCGCGCAUCCCGCUCGCAUCCUCUCUGUGCAGAGUUGGCAUUCAUGUUUUUGUUCCCUCACGAGGAAGGCGUAGCCAUAGCCCCUUGGGCGAAAUGUUGUAAAGCUUCGAAUCGGCAGAGUGACACGCGGAACGGAAAAAAAAUAAACCAAAACGAAGCAAAGCAAAGCAAAACGAAGCAAAGCAAAGCAAAACGAAGCAAAGCAAAACAAAACAAAACAAAACAAAACAAAGCAAAAAAAAAUAAAAAUAAAGAAGGAAGGAUAAAAAACAACGAAAGGAUGAAGCGAUAGUGAAACGAAUUGCCCAACUGGGGAAUCGUCCGUUUCCAUUUCUAUUUCCAUCGCACAUUGUUACAUUUGAAAAGUGUCCCCCGUUAACAAGCUUUUUUAAUUAACCCAAAGUGUUUGUCAUUUGUCAGACUGUUUUGUUUUUUUUGUUUUCCUGUCGUUCGUAUUUUUCCUCCUGCCAGUUGCGCAACUGUUGACUUUUGAGCUGUGUAAAUAUCGUGACGAGGUUGCCUCGCCUUGCCAGACGUUCCUGUGCAGGGUAAGCAGCCAGGUGAGCAGCGCAAAAGUGUAAAGCAGCGCAAAACGGCAUAAAACUGCGUAAAACUGCGCAAAACGGCGUAAAAAUCGCGAAGGUGUGUUUCUUUUUCCUAGUGACGCGGAACCCCUGCGGGUGCAAGGGCGGAAUCGAAUCGCUCGCCAGCGGAGAGGUGCGAUCGGCCGAGGCCCUCCACUCCCCUUGAUCAUCCCAGAGGUGAGAAUCACUCCGCGCAAAGUACAACGCGGAAACAUUGCGAAGACGUAAAGGGCGAAGCCAGAAUAUUUCACGUGCAACUUUGUUAAGAGGAACCAAGCGACGUCAGAAGGAACAUACGCAAAAUGCAGCGACUCGAGCGCGCGCUCUAGACAGGAGAGCACAAGCAGACGCGGAUAAGCACUCCAACAGUGGCACACACGCGUAAACAAGCGCACCCACAAGUGCAUAUACAUCUCCCCCCGCUGCUCCAUUCAAACACAACAGCAAUGCGAAAUGCACGACCAAAAUGGCAACCAAUUACAGAUCGCUAAAGACAGCGGUGGAAUACGAAUACGGGUAUAUGAUGAAACAGGGGGGCGGGGAAGAAAAGAGCUGGAGAGCAAAGAAGGACCACCCAUUUGACAACCAUGCAGGGAGAGUAAAAUCGGGUCAAAAUAACACCUCGUCGAAUUACCCCCCUGAGAGGAGCUUCCAUUUUGAAAAUGGAAGUGCCAAAUUGGUGGAAGCGAAAAAUGGGUGGAACAGAAAUGACCGCAAAGGUGGGCACUCUCAGGAUGAGCUAACAGCAGCACAGGGAACCGCUCCAAAUGGGGAAAUUUUCUUAAAAAAAAAAAACAAAAGCUACAAAGAUGAUCUGUUAGGAAACUCCACGAAAGAAGAUAACACAGCCCCCCCGUCGAAUGGGAAGAAGCGCCAUUGGGUAGACGGACGGAAUGAAAACAGUCAACAUAGUGAGCAAAAUUUGAAGAGGAAAAAAAUAAAUGAAAUUAUAAAUAAGUAUAGGAAAAAUAUGACCCUCCUGCAUGCAAGGACAAGUAGUGAAGACUCAGUUAACGGUGACGGAGCCAAUUCAAAGGAAGACGGGUGCAACUCCCAUUUGGAUGGUACCUACAAUUUGAGGGGGAGUAAUAAUCUCCACUGUAUCGACGCAGAUCAGGCGACCCCUCUGCAGGGGGAGAAGAAUCCCCGGGUUGGGAAAAAGAGCCAAGUGUAUGAUAAGCACAACGGUGAGAGUCACCAGUGGGAUACGUUAAGGUCUUUGCAAAUGGGACAUACAGAAAUGAAAGAACGUUCAACUGAGGACAUUGCUGCACCUCGAAAAGGAGAAGAAAAUGUGAAAUGGUCAAAAGAGAAUAGCUCGAAAAAGAAUUCAGAGCCAACGAAAAGUGGUGAACAUGGCGAGCGAAGCUACAUGAGCAGGUAUCCCCUCCUUUGGGAACAACGGAAAAAGGAAUACUAUUAUGGAAGCACCGAACAUUUGGUAACUCGGAAAAAUUACGGCGUUAGUUUGGGUUAUAAAGAGCGCGAUGGUCAAGGGGGGGCCAAAAGUAAUUCGAAGCUUCCAUCCCUUUUGAGCGAAAGGAAAAAAGAAGAAAUGGAAGGGGCAGAACCUCCUAUUGAAGUGCAGGCACCAAACGGAGCAGGUAACCUUUUGCCCAGUUUUAAUCGCCCCAAGGUGUGUGGUUCCUCCGAAGGGGAAAAGAAGAAGAGCGCAUUGGACACCCAUGGGGGGUUCUCCUUCGGGGGGAGGGACCCUCAAAAGGGUAAGGGCAGCGGUGGCACCAAUCAGAGUGGCACCAACCGGGGUGGUACCCACCUGUGUGAUGAUGACCCCGCCUCGAACAGUUAUGACGCACCUGUAGGCGCGGAAAAAGGGAACUCUUUAAAUUUUGAGAGACCCGCCGCUAUUCAGGGCAACCUAAUUAACGGCGCAACCGAAGGGACCUCCACGGGCAGAUUUGCCCACCUCAAUAAACUGUUUAACCAGACGACAUUCACGGAUGAUGAAAAAAGGAUCAGAGAGAGAUUCGAGCAAGUCAAACAGAUGGAGAAGACGAUCGAUUUUGAGGGGGGCGUAUCGGAGGAGAAGGGAAAGGAUCAGCAGAAGGAAGGGAGGAAAGAAUCAUCCCAUGUGGGCGACCUUCCGGGCGAAGCAGGUAACGCAGCGGGGCGUAGCGAGGGAGGCCUCAAAGGUUGGAAGGAAGCGGGAGAGAAGAAGACAAAUGGGGCGAAUAAAAUUGGCGAAAGUAAAAUUGGCGAAAGUAAAAUUGGCGAGAGUAAAAUCGGUGAGAGUAAAAUCGGUGAGAGUAAAUUUGGAGAGAAAAAUUCCCCACUGGGGGGUGAAAACGCGCCAAGAGGUGCCGCUAACAAAAGGCUGACACCAAAGUGGGACACCAAGUUAAGUUACACUUUCGAAAAUGGGGAGACCAAAUCGCAAGGGAAGAAAGAAGAACGUCGACCGGAUGAGGGGAAAAAUUCGUUCCUUCACCAGGAUGAAACAAAGGAGUACCCAUGUGAGGAAAAAAACAUUUUUAACUUCAAAAAUAAGGGGAAGUACGAAACGGUUAAGGAAAACCAUCCUAGUGAACCACACAACCCUGUUGGUGAUAAGCCAUCCCCAUGGACGGUGGAGACUAAAGAAAGGAAUCUAUCCCUUUACGAUAAAAUUAAGCAUUCUGCUUUGAGUAAAGGGGAAAAGGAUCCCCAGUGGAAAAAAGGAGAGGAGGAAGACAACCACCACGUGGAUCCCAUUUCGGAUUACAGAAGAAAUGGGCAUAUGUCCGAACGGAGUAAAAAAUGGGAUGACUUGAGGGAGAAGUACCUAAACCUGAAAAGAAGACACGCCAUUGGUUCGGAUGGAGGGAAGAAGAAAGGAGAAGAAGAUCGCAACACUUUGGGGGAAGGGAAGGAAAAAGGUCCCUGGAUGUCCAACCAGGAAAGGGACAAACUGGGUAACAUAUUGGUCGGAGGAAAAACGAGCGUGGGGGGGAGUCUCGCAUCAAGGAAUGGAGUGCUGCCCCAUUUGGUUGAAGCGGCUCCCCGUUUAGUUGAAGCGGCCCCCCGUUUGGAUGAAGCGGCUCCCCGUUUGGAUGAAGCGGCUCCCCGUUUGGAUCAAUCGCUUAGAAAAAGGGCAGAAACCGAAAAGGCGAAGGGGAAAACCACCAACUCGCGCGUCUAUACGUUAAGUAACGAUAAGACAGCAGAGCAGAGGAGGAAUGACAUGCCAAAUUGUAGCGAAGGCAUUGCAAACAGCAUCGGCAACCGCAAGCGAAAUUGGCAGAAGGAGGAGGUGGUGCGCACAGAGAAGCAUUCCACUCAGGCAAUUGCAGAACGGAUGAGAAGCGGCAAAGAUAAACACUUCGCCAGUGGAGACCUGUGCAGCAGCUAUGCCCGUAGCCCGGCCCACCAGGGAAGAAGCGGAAGGAGUGGGGAAGCCGACAAAGGGUUGGAAGCAACCAAAGGGUGGAAACCUUCCUCCGCCAGGGUGCAAAAAAGGGGAGAAACCCAAUUUGAGGCGUUCUCCACAGGAGAAGGGAAAGAGAAGGAUAAUUUUGCACACAUCCGUAUGGCCAACACGAUCGACACGAUCGAUGAGCAGGAUAAAGGAGGGACCACACCCCCCAGUGAGGAUCACAUUUUAAAAAAGUAUCGCCAUUUUUUGAGGAAGUCACCCCCGCGUAGGAGCCCAUACGUAAGAGCCAGUAAAGGGAGCGGGCACCCAAACCAGCUGCUUCACAAAAGUGAAGAGUUAAAAGGAAAGGAAAAAAGCAACCAACCUGUGAGUAGCCCAAGGGGGGAGAACAACCGCAGUGGUGGAUUUGCUCUACCAACAGAUCUGGCAAAGAAGAAACCCCCCAUGGUGAAAGGCAUGUCAGGCGAGGAGUACGCGCAAAGGAUGAGCAAAAUGAACCCUCAGACGAGGGAACAAAUGAAUGUAGGCGUAAAGACCAAAGCGAAGAAUCCACUCUUCCAUUCGACGAAUGUCCAAACCGAUGUGCACAAAAAAAACACCGUUGAAACGGCUCCGAAUGAUCUGCACCUAUCCAACAUAGACAGCUUAGAGGAAAUAAAAAAAAAAUAUGAAAAUGUAAUUAAACGGGUGAAAGAAAAUCUUUAUACGGAGAGCAACCACGCGAAGGUGCACAGAGAGGGGAAAAGAACCAACUCGAAUGAAAGGAUAAAAGAAAAUUUAGACAUGAUUAAGGAACACUUUAAUAAAGAAAAAAUGAAAAUCGAUGAGGAGAACAGAAUGAGGCAUGAAAUCAACGUGAAGAGGAAGCUGUACGAGCUAAAGAUUAGGAAAGACUUUGAGGAGAAAAUUAGAAUUCGCAGGGAGAUGAACGAGAGGAAGGUAAUGGAAGAAAAGCCCAUCGAGAAGGCAGACAACAUCCACGUGGUGAACCCCCGCGAGGGAGACACCCCUGUGGAUGAAGCGGAGAAUGGCACAGGUAAGGGACCCCACGGAGGUGCAGCAAAGGGUAAGGAAGUGCAAAACGGGAAGGCAACCCAACGGGAGAAUCACAAAAACGCGACAAAAUUGGGAAAAACCAAACAGAAGAAAAACAUCUUUGAGGAUUACUCCAGCGAUGGAAGCUACUACAAAUACAUGUACAGAAAUCUGUACGAAGAGACAUGGAACAACAAAAUGAAAAGCCACUACCACGAUGUGGGGGAUAAUUUUUACCUGCAGGAGUGCUCGGAUCAUUUUUUCCUCAAUGCAAAGGCUCGCCCUUCAGUUGCAGAUUCCCGUUCGAACAGCUUCGACAACGAGUUAAUAUCGCUCAGCAGAAUAAAGUUUGACGAUUUCGACUACGACUAUUUGAAUGACAUUAACAGGUCUGCGACGAGGAAAAGGGAAAGCCCGCGCCAGGAUGGCCAGGAUCGUCAGUCACGCGGUGCGCGGCAGUCACGUCAAUCACGCCAAUCGCGCCAGUCGCGCGGGGAAGAGGAGGUGGGAAGAAACCCCCAUCUGUUGAAGCCGAAGGUUAUAUUGACCGACAGCGAGGGGAGCCCCAGAAAGAAACGCUCACAAUGGAACACACAAUGGAACGCACAAACGAAUGGCGGAGGAAUGCACGAAAGUAGCUUCAGCGAUUCGUCUUUAAUCAAAAGGAAAGCAAAUCGUGGGGGCAGAAGAGCCCCCGACUGCUCGCGCAUCCCGCCGGACUCCAGUGGGUACAAACAAAACGACAGCGAGAAUAUUCUGAACAAGCUGCUGCUCAUAAAGCACCAGAAUAGGGCGCGCGGGGGGGAGACGCGUGAAGAGGUGGAAAUGGAUGAAGAGGUGGAAGAAGAAGAGGUGGAAAUAGAUGAAGAGGAGGAAGAAGAAGAGGUGGAAAUAGAUGAAGAGGAGGAAAUAGAUGAAGAGGAGGAAGCCGAAGAAGAAGUGGAAGCAGAUGAGGAGAUGGAAGCAGAGGAGGAGAUGGAAGCAGAGGAGGAGAUGGAAGCAGAGGAGGAGAUGCAACCAGAUGGAGAGACUGAAGCGGAAGAAGAGGUAGAGGCAGACGAGGAGAUGGAAGCAGACGAAGAGAUGGAAGCAGAAGAAGAGGCGGAAGCAGACGAGGAGAUAGAAGCAGAGGCGGAAGCAGAGGGCGAAACUGAAGUGGAUGAGGAACCCCCCGUGGAGGAAGAAAAUCAAACCGACGUGGACCAAGUCACCCUGCAGAAUGACCCUCCUGAAGAGGAGAAUGCCCCUCGCGCUAAAAGGAAGCGGACACGAAACGAAUCCAGUUGCAGCAAUGGUGAUAACACGGGGGGAGGAAACCCCGCCGUGCAGAGGAACAGCAGCCCAGGGGAGGAACAUUCGACGGGAAUGAAAGGAUCCAAUUUGAGAGAAGCGGGCGUGGAAAAAGAAAAAAAGACAAACAAACGGAGUGAUCAAAACAGGGACAACAAUCAUUCGAAUGGUUCAGAGAAGGAUCAGCAGAAUAAAAUGCCAAAGAAAUCGAGCGGACGUGAUGACAGUAACGAAAGUAACGAAAGUGAAGACGAUGAAAACCAUUUGAAGCGUUCUUUAUCAUCAUCGGAUAACGCAAUGCCCAAAAUUAACAUUCUAAACAAUAGGGAAAAUUAUAUUCCCCUAGACGUUGCCCUUAAUUUCGUUAUAGACAAUGAGAAACUAAAAAAAACGAACGUGCAGAAGGAACACAAGGGGAGCCAAAAGAAGAAGACCUUCGUGCAGUGGCUGAUGGACGAGCGCAAGAAACGGCUAAAGAACAAUUUGCCCAUCGAUAUUUGAGAUGCCCCCGCGGAGUUAUUUUUGCGCCACGCGUGUGCGAGUAUGUAGCGGCGUUACUUCAGCGGCGUAACCUUAGCGGCGGUGUGUCUACGCCAGUUUCGACCGCUUUGGCGGCCCCCAUUUGUGCCGCGGCCCCCAAUUUGCGUAACGUGGCCGCUUUCGCGCCAACAUGUUUUUGUGUAACUCCUGUGUGCUUCUCAACAGUUGUGAAGAAAAAAAAAAAAAAAUGAUAAAAUGAUGCAAAAACGCAUUAACUUUUUUUUUGUUUUUUAAAACCUCAUGUUAUGCACGACCCAAAGCAGGGUGUAGAAACAUGUUUGUGAAC